GGAGCGACGGGCCCCGGGCGGAGCCAGCGGCGGGAGCGGGGACCGGAGCGGGGUCCGCGGCCGCAACAUGGGGGCCUGUCUCGGCGUCUGCUCCCUGCUCGGCUGCGUGUCCUGCCUCUGUGGCUCUGCACCAUGUCUGCUCUGCGGCUGCUGCCCCUCAACCAAGAACUCCACCAUCUCCCGCCUCGUCUUCACCUUCUUCCUCUUCCUCGGCACCCUCGUGUCCAUCAUUAUGAUAAUCCCUGCUGUGGAGAAGGAGCUGCACAAGCUCCCCGGCUUCUGUGAAGGCAGCGGGUCAGUGUUGGGGGUCCAGACCCGCGUUGACUGCAGCAGCUUCCUGGGCCUCAAGGCUGUGUACCGCAUGGGCUUCGCCAUGGCCGCCUUCUUCUUCCUCUUUGCCAUCCUCAUGGUGUGUGUGCGCAGCAGCAAGGACCCGCGGGCCGCUGUGCAGAAUGGCUUCUGGUUCUUCAAGUUCCUGGUGCUGGUGGGGAUCACGGUGGGGGCCUUCUACAUCCCUGAUGGUGCCUUCACCUCAGUCUGGUUUUACUUCGGCGUGGUCGGCUCCUUCCUCUUCAUCCUUAUCCAGCUCCUCCUCCUCAUCGACUUUGCCCACUCCUGGAGCCAGCUGUGGCUGCGCAACGCAAACGAGAGCAACGCCAAGGGCUGGUAUGCAGCCCUCUGCACCAUCACUUUCAUCUUCUACGCCAUCUCCAUCGCGGCCAUAGUGCUGCUCUACGUCUACUACACCAAGCCCGAGGGCUGCAAGGAGGGCAAGGUCCUCAUCAGCAUCAACCUCAUCCUCUGCCUCAUCGUCUCUGCUGUGUCCAUACUGCCCAAGAUCCAGGAGGCUCAGCCACACUCGGGGUUGCUGCAGGCGUCCCUCAUCACCCUCUACACCAUCUACAUCACCUGGGCUGCCUUGGCCAAUGUACCAAUCCAGGCCUGUAACCCCACACUGCUGGUGAGGAACAGCACCAGCUCAGCAACAGCCACACAGCCACUGACAACCUGGUGGGACGCCCCGAGCAUCGUGGGGCUCGUAAUCUUCAUCCUCUGCACCCUCUUCAUCAGCAUCCGCUCCUCCGACCACCCCGAGGUGAACAAGCUGAUGCUGACGGAGGAGAGCGGGGCCGGGGUGGACAGCGAGGCCGCGGAGCGCGGGGAGCACCGUGCCUAUGACAACGAGCAGGAUGGGGUGUCCUACAACUACACCUUCUUCCACCUCUGCCUCCUCCUCGCUGCCCUCUACAUCAUGAUGACCCUCACCAACUGGUACAGGCCGGAUGAGAGCUUGCAGGUGCUGUCGAGCCCCUGGACCGCCGUGUGGGUGAAGAUCUGCUCCAGCUGGGCCGGGCUCCUGCUCUACCUCUGGACCUUGGUGGCUCCGCUGGUGCUGCCGGACCGGGACUUCAGCUGAGGUGGCCCUGGGGUUGGAGCCAUUGUGUCCUUGUCCCUCGAGGCUGGGGCAGCCCCAGCAAUGCUGGGUUGUGCCUUCUUGAAGGUCUUCUGCUUUCAUUUGAAAGGGAUGAAGUGCCAAGCACUGAAAAUCAGCAAGGGCUGGGGAAGACUUGAGGAUGUUUUUGAAGCUCUUCUCAUCUCUUAUCAUGCUUGUCUAGUGCCUUUAGGGGUGCCUCCAUCCCCUCCUCUUCUAGCGGACACCCCGCCUUGCCUUGGGAGGGUUUGGUGUCACCAGCUCACUUGGAGCUCCAGAACCGUGGUGCCUUUUGGAGGGGGUCUGAGGACCUGCCGUUGUGCCAGGACCCAGGACCUGGCUGGUUUCCCUCCCCAAAGAGCCUGGAUGAGAACGGACCUCAGGGAUUUGUGGCUGGAGGCAGAUGUCCCACUGCAUCCCCCAGCCGUGGUGAUGGCCUCAGCUCCUCCAGGGCUCUCCUGCCCACCCAUCCAUGGGAGGACAGUCCCUGCUCCUCACUGGAGCACAGGUUGGGUUUCCUUGGUAAUAAAGUCUCGUUUGGAAUAAACCCA